ACCCCUAACGUUUUUUUUUUUUUCAGGCGUCGGAAGCUUAACAACGACGCAAUGGAAGCUUAACAACGACGCAGUUAGAGGCUUAAUCGCUUCGGAGUUUUGACAAACCGAGACAUAUGAAUCACCAAAGCUCGAUCAGUCCUUCCACUCUCUUUGUUUACACAAACGCGGAGGGAGACCGAUGGGCGCUUCUUCUCCCACUUCUCUUCUUCUCCUCGUUUACUUUUUACUCUUUUUGCCGAACCUCGCUCAUGCAUCUGACAAGACAACUCUGAGAGUCUCAGGAAUUAACCUAGAACAUCCGGUUCUAGAUAUCACUCCACGUUACAUAUCCAGGCAUUUAUCUGUUCGUGGUUCAAAAGAUACUUUGUUGUGUGAACGCGUCCAGGUUUCUGGUCACUCCAGAUUGACACUCGCAAGUUAUGCCUCUGCAUUUCGAGUUACCUUGAUUCCAUCUGUUGAAAUUCCAGAGAGACUGCAUGGUAAAAUUCAGAUUUGUUUUCACCGGAAUUCUUCAGUUGGAUUGUGUCAAUGCGAAAAGGAUGAGUGGAAAACUCUUCAGAAGGGGCUAUGGAGCUCUGUCAUGUCACCUUAUGUGAGCAGAUAUGUUGAUGUGAAGUUCAGUGGUGAUAUAUCUGGUUCUGUCCGAGUUUCUGUUGAAGAAGAUUCUCAGCGGUGGCGUCUCCUGUUUCUAGCUGUGGGAUUCGUUCUACUGCUGUCCGCUCCCAUUGUCAGCAGUUGGGUUCCUUUUUACUAUAGCACGUCAAUGGUCAUUGGAGUUCUUCUCGUUAUUAUAAUUCUUCUUUUCCAGGGAAUGAAGUUAUUGCCAACUGGAAGGAAAAAUUUCUUCUAUCUUACCAUAUAUGGAUCACUGGUUGGAGUGGGUUCUUUUCUCUUACAUCAAUUCUCGAUGUUCGUGAAUUCUGUUCUUAAUAGUUUUGGGCUGAGUGAAGAGAUGUACAAUCCGGUCUCCAUAUUUGUACUAGUAGGAAUUAUUCUUGCAGGAGCAGCUCUAGGUUACUGGAUGGUCAGGAAAUUUGUAAUCUCCAACGAUGGAACUGUGGAUGUUGGCAUUGCGCAAUUUGUGAAAUGGGCAAUGCGCAUUAUUGCUGCCACCUUAAUCUUUCAGAGCACUCUUGAUUCUCUUCUAGCAAUGGGCUCCUUUGUAACCUGCUAUGCAGUGUGCUCUCUGAUAACUUCCCCAAAGUGGUUUCAUUCAAGUAAAAGGACAGGACGGGUGAUGAUGAAGCACAACCAUGCAGAAUUUCUUGGCAGGUCCCCACAAAAUGGCUCUGGUGGGAAGAUGUGGAACAGUCCGAAGCGUUCAUAUGCUUGGUCUGAUUCUCCUGUAAAAGCAGGUGUGAUAUCGUCAUCUACUCAUCCAGGGACAAGGACUAGGCGGGAUUACUAUUCAACCUUCCACCAGAUGCAAAUGCGAAAGAAGUUCACGAAGAAAGAGUGGGAAGAUUUUACUGAAGUAUCGACUCGGCAGGCUGUAGCUGAAUUGUCUGCAUCUCCAGAGUUCACUGAUUGGAUCAUUAAUAAUGCUAACCGAAUACAGCUCGUUCCUGAUGACUAUAGUUCAGAUAGUUCAGAGGAAAGAGCGGGAAGUGAGUCGGAUUCCACAGACGAGAAGACUAACGUAGGUAGCUGCAAGCAAUUCAGGUGGUUUAAUUGGUUUUGUGACUAGAGUAGUAAGAGAUACACUGAAGCCACAGAUUUAGGAAAGUUAACAUCAUGUAGCUUGAUCGAGAAAUCUCUGUAUGGUUUCUGCAAUUAUUCAACAGUGUAAAAGUGGGUUCUGGUGUAUGUCUGUAUGUAGGUAGAUUUAAUUUCUACUGAAUAUUACAUGGAGCUGAAAGACCAUUGCAUGCUUUCAUUGUGAGUGGAUGUUGGAAGUUUUUUUGUUCUUUAUAAUCAAAGCCUCGAUGCAGUGUUUUGCAUGA